UGAAAAGCGUCCUCUCAGAUCAAUAGUUCCCCCUGACAGAGGUCAUGAACAUCCUGACUGUGUGUGUGAGCGUCUUCUCCUUCAUGGCCACUAUGACGCACAGUGCACCUGUCUUUGGAGUUACCACACUUGUUGACCAGGAGCAAUUUCAGGAUUUAGUACAAAGGAGCCACAGUUUGAUACAAAAGAUCUUGCUCUCCAUUUCAGAUGUGCACAGUUCUUCUAUUCACAUAAAGACGUUGAAGCUUAACUCUACAGAGAACAGAAAGAUGGAGAUAAUGGCCUCCAACAUUGGCAUCCCAAACGCCCCUGUUCUUACAGUGGUGUCAGAAAACUUCCCUCUGGAGACCAGUUUGAGGCACAUGUCUGAGGGCCUACAGUUGCAUCGGGGGCUGCUGAACUUUGUCCUGCCUAAACUCAACAAUAACGUGAAAAUGGCUGAACUGUCCAAUGACAUUGGUGACCUGGACCUGCAAAUUCACAAGAUGCUAAAACUGAUCCAGAAUACUGCCGUACCCACCCCCACGCUGGAGCCAGUGGUGCUGCGUCUCUCUGGGGAGUAUGACAUUCAGGUGGCAGCGCACUUAACCCUGGUGAACCUGAGCAACUUUGGUCAGGACGUGGUGGUCAGCCUACACAGCAUGGAGCUCAGCGAGGAAGAAGAGAUAGACAGCUGA